UUUUUUCUUGUUUAAUUAAUUAAUUGAUUAAAUUAGGGUUAGGGCUACAGUGAUGCUGCAAAAAGGCCAUCCGCGACAGUACAGACCGUUGAGUUGUUCCAUGUAAAGCCAAUUGAUAUCCCCCACAGCCUUUUUCCUUGUUUAAUAAAGCAAUUAAUUAAUUAAAUUAGGGUUAGGACUACAGUAGAGGUCGCACUUGGUGCGAUGGCAAGUGUCUUCGCACAUGAGCGGUAGGUCUCGGGUUUGAGACUUGAGAGCAGCCUCUCCAUAAAUGGGGGUAAGGUUAGCCGACAUUCACCUCUCCCAGACCCUGCGUAAAGCGGGAGCCUUGUGCACUGGGUACGACCUAGGGUUAGGACUACAGUGAUGCUGCAAAAUGGCCAUCUGGGACCGUACAGACUGUGGAGAAGUUCCUUGUAAAGCCAAUUGGUCUGUCCUUUUCAUACGCGUCCUAAUUUCUUGUGUGCUUCCAUUCUCCAUUUCAUGACAUUUUCCACAGUUGGAAUGCACUUAAAAAUGUGAAAACUUUCUCAGCAAUGAGCUUCUAACAGCUUCUUAAUUAGUUCCUAAUCCAUUAACUUUAUAGUUGAUAACUUGAUGCAAAUAAGAAUACAACUUUCACUUCCAUACAUAAAGCGCACAUGAAGACUUGAAGUGUUCUAGCUCUUUGCUUCCAAUAAUUUUCUUCUUAACAUGUCAAUAAUUUUGUUAAUCAAUAAUUGGCACCAUCCCUUUUCUCACUUACAUAUUGAGCAUGAAUCAUGCUCUUGAAAGUUUUCACAUAACCUAUAACAAUAUUUUACUUGGAAUGUAAUACUUCUUGUGGUCCUUGAAGGUUCAUUUUCUAAUUUUUUCUGUUGUACAACCAAUAAUUUUACCUGUUUGCUAAAUUAAUAGCUGAUUUGGACUUGAGAAAUGCUAAGGGGACUCUCUCAAAAGUGGGACUUUCCAUGAACUCUCUAUAACCUCACGAUUUAACAUCAAUACUCGUGCCAACAUUAUAAAACAUUGUGUCAAGAACAUGAGGUGACAAAGAGUUCAUAGAGAGUCAUCUUAGCAUUUAUCUUUGGAUUUACUUACAAAGAAUAGGAAUUAUAGUUCUUAUAAAUUUCUGAGUUCCAGGCAUUUAUUAAAAUAUGUUAACUAUUUCCUAUGUUUUCUAAUACAUGAAAUCAGAAGAGUGUACAUUUUCUCUUAAAAUCCAUAAUCAAUAGAAGGACUAGUUGAUUUGAUACCUUUCUUUAAUUUCCCUAUAUUUUAAGUCAUACUGCCAUUUCUAUUAAGUUAACAUAUCCAAGAUGAAAAGCACCUUCCACUGAAAGAAGUGUAAUUACCCAUGAUCUCAAUUAAUCUAAUUGCCAUAUGCACAUAUAAUUGAAGCUCCAUAACUGCUGUAGACUUUUUGGUUGAUACUUGUCUCUCCCUUACAGGCUGAAGUGGCCGAUCGAUCGAGUAGUCGUCAUCUCAUCACUCAUUCCAUUCACGUUCUCUCUCUGCUGUAUGCAUUAGGAUUCCAUCUAUUAAUUGCAAAGCUAGAUGCUGACCUCUUGCACAUGGAUUUUCACCAUAUUGAGCCCCAAAAACCAUAUAUUUCCCCUUAUUGUUUUGCCACUAAAACCAUUUUGUCGGCACAAAUACACGCAUAAAGACAUGCAGGCAAAUACAUUGUCCUAUAAAAAAUAACACAUACUUCUUUAGAGAAUUAAAUUAGAUCAUGAGAUUAUUAUUGAUUUAAACCUCAAAACCCUAGUUAUAUAUUUUGUUGCUAGGAAUUAAUACAUAUGAGUGUGUGAUGUGUGGGGUCUGCAGAGAUCUUCAUGGAGCUUUCAAUUAUAUGCAGUCCUAGCUAAUUUGCACACAAAUCAGAAUCUUAAUCUUGUGAAAAUUGGUAUCUUUGUCCGGCAAUCAAACUUAACCACUCUUAGAUCUCUUCAAAUAAUAAUUUUUAGGCUUUUCAGCCAAAAUGGCUUAUGAGUUGGCAUACUUUGGUUCUUGAGAUUUAAAAUUGAUAGAAUUGGUCCCUAAUUUUGUAACCCUCAAUCAUUUUAAUCAUUCCGUGAAAAAAAAAUAUCUUUUAAAUAAGGAAAAAAUGACAAAAAUACUCUUAAUUUUUUGUCUAAUCAUUUUGGUCCUUUUUAACAGAGAUUUUUUUCAUGAAAGGACCAAAAUGAUUGACGGUGGACAAACACAUUGACCACUUCUAUCGAUUUCAAAUCUCAUGGACCAAAGUGAGAGUUAUGCCAAUCUUAUAGACUAUUUUGGCUAAAGUACCUAAUUUUUACAAGCAUUUUAAUUUCAAGCAUCAUUUGGGAUUUAGGGUUUGCUCAGCAAGGAUUUGAUUUGUCAUAGGUUGGGAAGUGUACAUUAGGAUUUGUAGAGAGAGAGAGAGAGAGAGAGAGAGAGAGAGAGAGAGAGAGAAACCUAACCAUAUAUUCUGUACCUAUUCUUAAUCUGAUCUUAGGAAAAUUAAGAUAUAAGAAUGCUUUGAGAGCAUAGCAUAAAAUUAUUGACGGUUGUUGGGUACAUGUAGGUGAUGAGAUAAAAACUACUUUGAUGUAUGUAAAAUGCCAGCUUUGAUAUACUCUUGCUUAUGUCACAGAAUCAAUGAUUGAUUCUUCUUCUUUCUGCUUAUUUCUCAAUAAAACAGGCAAGUUGAGAGGAACUUUUUUGUUCAUUAUUUUUUAUGCCAUUGCUCUCCAAACAGUUCCUAUAUAUAAGUGGGUGAAUUCAAAGGUUUUUCAUUCAAACCAUUCUCAUUCAACUCUCCUCUCUCUCUCUCUCUCUCUCUCUGAGUCAUAACUACAGCUUUCUUGAAGGCCAAAGUGCUUUUAUAAGAAAGCUAGAUAUGGCUAUAGAGAUUAAGCAGCAGCAGCCUUCUGUUGGGCUAUCAAAAAUAGCUGUUUCUGAUACUCAUGGAGAAGACUCUCCAUACUUUGCAGGAUGGAAAGCUUAUGAUCAAAACCCUUAUCAUGAAUCAAGCAAUCCAUCUGGAGUCAUACAGAUGGGACUAGCUGAAAACCAAGUUUCGUUUGAUCUGUUGGAAAAGUACUUGGAAGAAAAUUCAGAAGCCUCCAACUGGGGUUCAAAGGGAUCAAAAGGAGUGUCUGGCUUUAGAGAAAAUGCCUUGUUUCAAGACUACCAUGGGCUUUUGUCUUUUAGAAAGGCAAUGGCAAGUUUUAUGGAGCAAAUUAGAGGAGGAAGAGCGAAAAUUGACCCUGCUAGAGUAGUCUUAACAGCAGGUGCAACUGCAGCCAAUGAGCUGUUGACUUUCAUCAUAGCUGAUCCUGGUGAUGCUUUGCUUGUUCCAACACCAUACUAUCCAGGAUUUGAUAGAGAUUUGAGGUGGAGGACUGGUGUGAACAUUGUGCCAAUCCACUGUGAAAGCUCAAACAAGUUCCAGAUUACUCCAGAAGCGUUAGAAGCUGCACACAAAGAGGCAGAAGACAAGAACAUGAGAGUGAGAGGGGUACUAAUCACAAAUCCAUCAAACCCACUUGGUGCAACAAUCCAAAGGGCAGUCCUUGAACAGAUUCUUGAUUUCGUCACAAAAAAAAACAUCCAUCUCGUUUCUGAUGAAAUCUACUCAGGAUCCGCCUUCUCAUCCUCCGAAUUCAUUAGUGUGGCAGAAAUUCUUGAAGACAGGCAGUACAAGGAUGCAGAAAGAGUCCACAUUGUUUAUAGUCUAUCCAAAGAUCUUGGCCUUCCAGGUUUUCGAGUUGGCACCGUGUACUCUUACAAUGAUAAGGUUGUGACAACAGCAAGAAGGAUGUCAAGCUUCACCCUAAUAUCUUCUCAAACACAACAUCUCUUGGCUUCCAUGUUAUCUGACAAGGAAUUCACUGAAAAUUACAUAAAUACAAACAGAGAGAGACUGAGGAAGAGAUAUGAUAUGAUCGUCGAGGGUUUGAAGAAAUCGGGGAUCGAGUGUUUGAAAGGAAAUGCUGGGUUGUUUUGCUGGAUGAAUUUAAGUCCAUUUUUGGAUGAACCUACAAGAGAAGGUGAACUGACUCUUUGGGAUUCCAUGCUGCAUGAAGUGAAGCUAAAUAUAUCUCCAGGUUCUUCUUGUCAUUGCUCUGAGCCAGGUUGGUUCAGGGUGUGCUUUGCCAACAUGAGUGAGCAGACACUUGGGAUUGCAUUGACAAGAAUACAUAAUUUCAUGGAAAAGAAAGAGAGGGCUAGCUAAAAUUAUAUUUUCCUCUCUUUUAUCUUCCUUUUUUUCAGUGGUUCUAACCAUUUUUUAUUAUUUUGGAGGACAAAACCCAAUUUAAGAAUUGGAUUUGUCUCUCUACAUAUAUAUAUACUGUAGGUUUGAUUAAAUUGUGUAACAAUUCCAUCUUGUUUUCUUGCUUGAAAAAGCAAGUUUUACACAUUCAACUUGUAUAAUCGAUGGAUAUAUAUAUUUUUAUU